AUGGGGGCGGAAUUUAUAAGCUUAAAUUCAUACCUAACGUCCCCCACCCCACCCACGCCCCUACCCCACAUCCCACACUCCUUACCUUGCCCUCACCCAACACCUCACACCUCAUCCAUGCACUAUAUACCUUACCCAAACCCACACGUUGCAUAUCAUUAUCCGACACCCCACACCCCCCACCACCGCACACGCCCACCCCACAUCCCAACACACCAGCCCACCCUACACCACCCCACACCCCACUCCAUCUACACCCAAUUCCACACCCUCACAUCCCACUGCCCAAUCCACCUAUUCCUUCCCACCAUCCCCACACCCCCACACACAACCCUACACUCCCUCACCCCACCCACACACCAUCCCAAUCCCCACAUCACUCCACACCCCCACACCCCCGUCCACCCACACCCCAACCCACCCAACCCCAUCCCACAUCACUCCACACACCCCCACCCCCACCCCCACCCCAACCCCAACCCCAACCCAACCCACACCCGACACCCGACCCCGGGACUGCAACGUGAGUUAGCACCAAGUGUGACUGUCUAUGGAUUUCCUUCCCAAAUGAUGUCCUGUAGAGCUUCUGGCUUCCCUCCCGUCCUCAGGCGCUGA